AUGCUCUCCGCCGAAGCGGCCAAUAUCCAGGACGGAGUGACGGUCGACCUCCGGCCUCUCCACCAAGCCACCGUCAGUGACGACCGGUUGACCGUGCGAAUCGGGUCCGGUGCCUCGUGGCUGCAGGUGUACCAGAUCCUGGAUCCGCUGCAUCUCACUGUCGCGGGCGGACGAGACGCCUCCAUCGGCGCCGGCGGAUUCCUCACGAGCGGAGGCAUAUCCGCGCUCAGUCCCGCCGUUGGUUGGGGCUGCGACGAGAUGCUCGAGUAUGAGAUUGUGUUGGCAAACGGCGAGAUCACCGUCGUCACCGAACCCUACCAUCCCGAUCUUUUUGUGGCGUUUAAGGGCGGAUCCAACAAUUUUGGCGUCGUCACGCAUUUCAGCAUGAGAGCCCAUCCAUACCGCCAGAUCUGGGGCGGCUUCACAGCCUACGCGAGCGAUGAAAUCCCGCGUCAGAUCCAGGCCUACUCCGAUUUCAUGGAGUCCAAGACUUUGUUAAAAAAUAUAGAUGCAUACGCUAUUUAUACUAGCCUCCGCUCUUAUCUGGGUGCCAAUAACAAGGUACUCAAGGGUGUCCAGUCUAUUAAGACAGGAUUUGCCCUCUUGCUUUCACCCUCUGAAACUCUUGCAGCCCUAGAGGCACAGAAAGAGAUUAUUUCCAUUUUCUUUGAUACCUGCUAG